CAUAUAUAUAACCAAAUAUUGUGCUGAGGGGUCACACUAGGGGUAAAAGGAGAAAACAAUGGGAGAAGUUCUAAUAUACACAUUGGCAAUGGCCAUUUUGUGCUGGAGUGUUAAUUCUCAGGGGAUUACACUAGUCCCGGCCAUCAUGACAUUCGGGGAUUCAGUCGUGGACGUAGGCAACAAUGACUACGUACACACUGUGUUCAAGGCAAACUACCCACCUUAUGGGAGGGACUUCAAGAACCAUGAAGCCACCGGGAGGUUCUGCAAUGGAAAACUAGCAACUGACAUUACGGCCGAGACAUUAGGAUUCAAGACUUACGCACCAGCCUAUUUAAGCCCACAAGCAUCCAGGAAGAACCUUCUUCAAGGGGCUAAUUUUGCCUCUGCCGGGGCCGGAUAUGAUGACCACACGUCCCUUCUAACUCAUGUAAUUUCUAUGUCACAGCAGUUAGUGCAUUACAAGGAGUAUCAAGGGAAGCUAGCAAAAGCUGCUGGAAGUGUGGGGGCAGCAACAAUUAUAAAGGAUGCGCUGUACCUAGUUUCUGCAGGCAGCAGUGACUUCAUCCAAAAUUACUAUGUCAAUCCUUUGCUCAACAAAGCCUACAGCCCCAACCAGUAUUCAUCCUACCUUGUUGGCAUUUUUACUAGUUUUGUCAAGAACUUACACAGCAUGGGUGCACGGCGAAUUGGGGUGACGUCACUUCCACCAUUGGGAUGCCUUCCUGCAGCCAGAACAAUAUUCAGCUUCCAUGAAAGUGGCUGUGUUUCCAGGAUCAAUGCAGAUGCUCAACAGUUCAACAAGAAGAUCAACUCAGCUGCUGCAAAGCUGCAGAAGCAGCUUCCAGGCCUCAAGAUUGUUGUCUUUGAUGUCUUCAAACCUCUCUACGACAUCAUUGCAGAUCCUAAGAAAAACGGUAACAUUCAAAACCAAGGUUUUACAGAAGCAUCUACAGGUUGCUGUGGCACAGGAACAGUGGAGACGACAUCAAUCCUGUGCAAUCCCAAGUCAAUAGGCACCUGCAAAAAUGCAUCAGAGUAUGUCUUUUGGGACAGUGUGCAUCCAUCCCAAGCUGCUAACCAGAUACUUGCAGACAGCAUAAUCAUCCAAGGGAUUUCCCUUAUUUCAUGAUCACAAUAUAGAUUUGCUAAAUAAAAGAAACUACGGUCUGAAAUAUUUAAAAAACUUACAGAAAGUUCGAUCAAAAAAAAAAAAAAAAAGAA